UAACUAUGUUUGUCUACCAGUGUACACUUGGAAGUCUGCAUAGGUAGGACGACUCACCUCAACAAGACAAGGUAUUGAUUGUGCUGUCACGAACAAAAGACUACCACAAGUGCGAGUGUGCUACCACAAAAUGCUCACUUUUACAAGAAAAGAGUGUCAAGUGUUACCACAAAGUAUUGACUUCUGCAUAGGGGUAUUGUCUCUACUUUGUGUGUUCUGUUCCUUGGAUAAAGCUAUUAUAAUGGUUGUUUCUUCACUCAUCAGAAGGUAAUAUGGCUGGAAAGGCUACCUCCUUCUAUAAAGGACAGAUCGCUGUCCGGGUUCAAGGUCAUAAGACAUGCGUACACCACAAAAGGAAGACAUUGGACUGGUUCUGUGAGACAUGUCAUGACGUCAUAUGUACAAAUUGUAUUUCCACAUUACACAAAGGUCAUGGCAUUGUCCCGUUGAGUGAAAUUACUCCAAACAACAAACAUAAAAUAAAAACGUUCAUCAAUGAAACAGAACAAAAGGAGCUGAUUCAAAUACAACAGGAAAUCAAUUCAACCCAGGAGAGUCUCGAAAAACACCUCAGCCAUUUCAAACUUGUAGCAGAAGAAGUGAAAAACCAAGGAAUAAAACUAAAAGAAGACGUUGAUGUUCUUAUUGCUGAAACACUUUCACAAUUAAAGGAUUUAGAAAAUGAAAAUACACAACUCCUCACCAGGUACAAAACAGAACUGGGAAGGAAACUUGCAGAAUUGAAGGAUCAACUAAACCAGUGUAAGGAAACCCUUCAGACUGGCACAGAUAUCAAGGUAUUUGACGUUACAAGUAGGCUUAACAUAGACAUCACAUUACCUAGAAGACCUGUUCUUGGGACCGCAAAAUACAGUCCAAUCAUUAAUCCUUGCGAAUCCUUGACGUUUGCAUUGGGAAAAAUGACCUUGACUUCAUUUGGUCAAUCCGACGGUAACGUCUCUUUUGAAGACGGCACAUCAGCUGGAAUAUCAGAUCUACAGCCAUCGCGACCUUUAGACCAAAUGGCGUACGAGAUAAUCCAUUCAGCAAAACUGGACUCACCUCUACCAAAGAUUUCGGUUCUGUCAGAAUUGGAUUCUCAAUAUAACAUUAGUUAUAUCUGUCCUGCUAGCGAUGGUGGUGUUUGGACAUGUGAAAUAAAUACUAACCCUUUGACACAUUUGACCAGUGAGGGAAGGGUAUCACAACAAAUAUGGAACCCUGUCUUUGUUACAAGCAUCUGUAUAUCUCCCUCUAACCAAAACCUCUGGGCAUGUUCUCAGGAAAAUAAGAGUGUCAUGGAACUGCAAUCGGGUGCAUUGGUCCGUAAAUUCAACACAAAGGAAAAACCCAAAUGUCUGUGUGUUACUAAAGAUGGCCAUGUCCUUGUGGGGACGAAACACGGAAUCACCAAGUACACUCCAGGGGGGAUGUCAAGCCUCAUGACAACAUCACAGUCAAAUAAACCAUUAGUUUGUUCACCACGUACGAUCUCAACGUGUCCGGUCAGUGAGAAUGUUGCUGUAAUUGACGGAGACCUGUCAAUUGAUGGUGGUGGAGACGAGCCUUUUGUCAUUGUGAUUGACAAACAUCUACGGGAGGUAUGCAGGUACGGAAGACACGAACACGGCAGUAUAACUGGAUCCCUGCCUUUUUACCCCUGGGAUGUAGCGUACGACAGACGGGGACAACUGGUGGUGGCUGACAAUAACAACGACUGUCUGCAUCUUCUGAGUGGUGAUGGACAAUACUUGGGACUGCUGUAUACUGAGAUAAACAGGCCACAGGUUGUAUGUUUGGACAGGCAGGGAAUUCUGUGGGUGGCGUUUGGUAGUAUGUUUAGAGCUGACAAAGUAAAACGACUUCAGUACAUCAGCGAUUAAAUCCGUAUGCUAUCAUUAUAACGUGUCGACCGUCAUCCUUUACUAAUACUUCAGAUAUAUACAAGGAAUUCCGACGUAACACGUGGUUUACUUAUGACGUCAUAGACUAACCUUGUUCAAUGAGAGUCUUGUCGCUUCGCCUCUGAUAACAUGGAGAGUGUCCCUGCGUCAAACGCAUAAAUGACUACAGUUAAGUAUUUGCGUCAGUUUUAUUUAAGUAGGACUGUUCCGCUAAUGUCGUGUAAAGAACAACGCAUAUACAAAUCGC